AUGACAAUUUUAACAGAAACAACUGAUUAUAAUAGAAGUAAAACAAAAAUUAGUAAAAGAACUCAUAGAGGUAGUUCUAUGAAGUUUGAAGCAGGCCUGUCAAUUGUAUUAUUUUUUGGAGGUAUUAUAUUUUCCAUUGAUAUCAUUGAUAAAACUGAUAGUUAUCUACGCUACAUAGUUAAUGAGAUUAUUCUUUUUAAUAUUGUAAUUAUAAUUUAUCAAUGGGUACUUCUUUUUAUAUCAUCUGUUACAAGAGAAAAACGAGCAUUAUUUGAUGAAGAAAAUAUACUAGAAACAUACCAACCCCGUGCAUAUACUGAUGGACAUCUUUUUGUUCCUGAUCCUCCAACACCAGCUGAAUUAGAAGCUAAAAAUGCUGAAGAUAAACAGAAGGAAACUGAAAAAAAUAUAUUUAAUAGAAUGCGUGAUAAUCAUUAUGAAAAUAUGUAUCAAAAAGCUAUGGAAUUGUCGAUGGCACUUGAGGCAGAAGAUAAAGCAGCAAAAAAUUCUACCACAAAGUUAGAAAAUAAAAAUUUGAAUAAAGAAAAUAAAAAAUCUGAUCAAUCAGGUAGUGAUAAUGAUAAAUCUCCUAAAAAAAUGAAAAAAGAAAGUAAAAAAUCUGAUCAGUCAGGUAGUGAUAAAGAAAAAUCUCCUAAAAAUUCAAAUAAUGAUAAUAAACCUAGAGAAUGUUAUUAUUAUUUUUAA